UAGCCCACUGUUUUCUACAGUUUUCGACUCCUUCGCCGGGAAUAUUCCACACCAGAUUCGUACACCAAACGUUACGUAUAUCUCCGAUGACGGAAGACGGUUCGAUUCCGUCUCAGAACGGCUCCGAUCGCGACGGAUCGGCACUGAUAUUCCUCGGAACGGGAUGCUCGAGCGCGGUCCCUAACGCAAUGUGUCUGAUCCAGAAAUCCGAUUCCCCCUGCCACGUCUGCUCUCAGUCUCUCUCGAUCCCUCCCGAGAGAAACCCUAACUACAGGGGGAACACGUCAUUGCUCAUUGAUUAUUGCGAAAGUGAAGGCAAACAUAAAUACAUUCUAAUUGAUGUGGGAAAGACGUUUAGAGAACAAGUCCUUCGUUGGUUUACUCUUCACAACAUUCCUCAAGUUGAUUCUAUUAUUUUGACACAUGAACAUGCUGAUGCAGUACUUGGCCUGGAUGAUAUACGUUCCGUGCAGCCUUUUAGUCCUACUAAUGAUAUUGAUCCUACUCCUAUUUUUGUUAGCCAAUAUGCUAUGGACAGCCUUGCUGUGAAGUUCCCAUAUUUGGUUCAGAAGAAACUUAAAGAAGGCCAAGAAGUUAGGCGAGUGGCACAGCUGGAUUGGAGAGUGAUUGAAGAAGAUUGUGAGAAACCUUUUGUAGCUUCAGGCCUAUCAUUCACGCCACUUCCAGUGAUGCAUGGAGAAGACUAUGUCUGUCUUGGUUUUCUUUUUGGAGGAAAAUCAAGAGUGGCGUAUUUAUCCGAUGUGUCACGCUUUCUUCCAAGUACUGAGUAUGUUAUAUCAAAAUCUGGUGGUGGACAGUUGGAUCUCCUUGUCUUGGACACAUUAUAUAAGACAGGAUCCCACAACACCCACUUAUGUUUCCCGCAGACACUGGAGACCAUCAAAAGACUGAGUCCGAGAAGGGCUCUAUUAAUCGGAAUGACUCACGAGUUUGAUCACCACAAAGACAACGAGUUUCUUGAAGAAUGGUCGAAAAGGGAAGGAAUUUCAGUAAAACUUGCGCAUGAUGGCUUGAGAGUCCCAAUUGAUCUAUGAAGAGGCGUAACAUCGAAAUUAGAAGAUGAGAAUGCUUGUGUGGGUCUUCUUGUCUUAAGAUAGAGAGAGAGAGAGAGCUUCAUAUCAAGAUUAUCACUGAAAGAUUUUUGUUUUGUUAUUUGUCAUCUUAAGUUUGGAUUUUUUUUGUAUUCGUUAAGUUAUAGUUUAGGAUUUGACCCUUGAUUAUUAUCUUUUGAUUCAGAUAUACCUGUUUAAAUAAUAACUAAAGAAAGCAAACAGUUUAUCUUUAAAAUACGUUAUGCUCGAA